UCUCCCGUGUCACAAUCACAAAAAAUGAAAAAAAAGACAUAAAAACUAUUGAGUUACACUUGCGGAAUUGAAUAUUGAUUCCGUGGGGAUUGAAUAGCAGUUUGGGAGGAAUAAAGAGGAAAAAAUGUACGGAACAAAACAGUUAUGAGUGAUGAUCGUUCAAUACGAGAUCAGCCCCUAUUCGUCACAAGUUAAAAGAUGCUCCAACGCCUUCGUUCUGACCAUUACAAAUCCCACUGCAGAAGUCAAGAAACCUGCAAUCACUGUGGCAAGGCUGAACCUAACAACCUCCGCUCAGGCCCCCCUUAUCCUAAAGCCGAUCAAGAUCCUUCCUGCAUUAACUGCAGAGGAAGACAUCCCUCUACCGAUGAUAACUACCCCCAGUUGGCCAAGCAGAGAUCCAUACAUAAAUUCGCCGCCCAGCACGGUAUCUUUUAUAUUGAAGCCAGACAUAUUAUCUCCUGGCCGCAAGACUUGAAGUCAGUGCCAUCUAAAAAAUUAGAAGAAGAAGAAUGAUCCGUGUCCGUAACCGAGCCCUUUUCUUCAGUAUAGACAUAUUUUCCUCUCU